AUGAUUACAUAUAUAGUAUGUCAUCUAAAGAAUAUAUUUGGUGAACGUCUUGCUAAUUCAUCUGUAAUAGAAUUACUUCAAAUAUUCGUUAAAAAUAAUUUACUUGGAAAAAAAUCUGGACAAGGUUUAUAUAUUUAUUCUAAUGAUGGUAAUAAGAAGAUUAAUCCAAAAUGUAAAGAACUACUUAGAAAUUCUUUGACACAAACUAAAGACAUAUCAAAAAUAGAAACUAUUCAAUGGCGUAUAAGUCUUCGAAUUUUAAAUGAAGCUGCAAGAUGUUUGGAAGAAAAUGUUAUUAGUUCUUCAACAGAUGGUGAUAUUGGUGCUGUGUUCGGUUUUGGCUUUCCUCCAAUGAAAGGAGGUCCGUUUCGUUUUAUGGAUACCUAUGGUACUUCUAAUAUAGUUGAUUUAAUGAAUAAUUAUCAAUUAGAAUAUGGUGAUCGUUUUGCUCCAACACAAUUAUUAAUAGAUAUGGCCAAAGAGAACAAAAAAUUUUAUCCUUAA